UUCCAAUAUGAAAUUUCCUAUAUGAAAGAAUUUAAAAUUUGAGAAAACCAGAAUAAAAAUUCGAAAAAAAAUUGUUUGUGAGUAUUGUAAAUCGAAGUAUUAAGAAGUAUCCAACGGUUUUCAAUGUGUUAUUGUGUGUGCCACACGAGCAACGUUAAAACACACAGUUCUAUUGACCGUGCCAGUCAGUCGAGCAGUCAGUAUUCGAUAUACAGCAUAUAAAUAAGAAAGUGUUUCGCGCCGACGAUGGUGUAAUUGUAACACGCACGUGAACUAUAUUUAUCUAUUGAAAUUUAGAAUCAACAUAUUUUCGUCGAAGAUUGUCAGGCCCUCUCUGAACUAUCCGAACCAGCUAAACAAACAGUAUCGUGUGUGCGACAUUGUGUGUGAUUCAAAUUGUGAAUGGAAUUUUGGUUGAAUUGAUUUAUUCCAUCAAUUAACGAACAAUUUAUUUAGUCAGUUGGUGAUUGAUUGAUAUUGACAUGGAGCCGGGACAAUAUACUGGUAAAGUGCUGACACACAACACAUCUUUAAAGAAUACGAAAAGACUGUGGCUGGGACUGAAAGCCGCUCAUGCUCAACUUGACUUGGCAAAAUUGAUGUUCUUUUAUGGAGAUUCAUUCGAAAACCAUCAAAUCUAUGAACUCGAUCAAGCCACGGAUAUUCUCAAACAUCCCCGGUUCGAUUUAACAAGGGAAACGGCUCUGUACAUCCAUGGCUACAUUGAAAGGCCAGAAGUCGAAAGUAUUCAUGUGAUAGUCGAUGCAUAUCAGAGGAACGGUGAACAGAAUAUAAUAAUUUUGAAUUGGGGAGAACUGGCCGAUGGAAAUUAUCUGUUAGAUGCUGUACAAAAUGCCAAGCAGUUAGGACCAAAGGUAGCCUCAGUUCUAAUUGAUUUGUUCAAUAAUGGUCUGCAAAGAGACUUAUUUCAUUUAGUCGGGCAUUCUUUGGGAGGUCAAUUAUCUGGAAUGGUUGGUAGAAAUGUCAUAAAAAAGUCGAAAGGAACAAUAAAGUUGAAACGAAUCUCGGCAUUAGAUCCCGCAUUCCCGCCGUUCUAUCCAGCAAUUGGAACCACAGCAAUAAGUAAAAACGAUGCCGAUAUGGUUGACGUCAUUCACACCGAUGCUGGACUGUACGGUGCUCCAAGGAGCACUGGGACGGUGGAUUUCUGGCCGAAUAGUGGGAAAACGUUGCAGCCUGGAUGUCCGAAACGAGAUUACAAAUUGUUAACGGAUAUUGACCUUUGCAGCCACAGAAGGUCAUGGCGCUUUUGGGCUGAAAGUGUAGCGGCUAAAGACACUCCGACUUUCCAUUCAGUGAAAUCGAAAAGUUGGUCCGAUUUUAAGAAGCAUCGUGUGGAUGAGUCAUACAUCAUACAGAUGGGUUUAAACUGUCCGGAAAACGCUCGACCAGGUGAUUAUUACUUGCAGACUAACGGGGACCAACCGUAUUCCAAAGGAGUCAGUGGAAUUACGUACGAGAAAAAUGAGAAUGUGGUUUUUCCUACCAAUGAUUCUUAAACAGCGAUGUGAAACACACACUGAACGUAAACGCUAGACAUUCACAACUUUAUUUUUACGCAAAUUAUUGUAUUGACUUCCGCGGUGUUAUUACCACGAAUCUAUUGGAUUAUAAAAGAACGAUUUUGUUUACAAUUUUA